GCUGACGUUGCAACAGAAGGUGUUGAAGCUAAAGCAAGAGGAGUACCUGAAGUACAAGUAUCAAGUUCAGACUAUAUAAUCCAAAGAAGCAGAGCUAAAAAAGUAAAUCAAGAAGAAUAUUGGCCAGAAUUCACAUGUACGAAGUCAAAGAAAAAAUCUGUAAUGUUCACAAAUGUCGUCUCAAAGGAUAAAGGGAAAACUUCUCCAUCAGCAGAAAAACAUGAUUUACACAUGGACUACAGAAAAAGUGAAGAGAAGGCAAAUAAAGAAGAAACAAUAAUGAUCCCAACAGUGAAAGAAGCUGUUCAAUAUUCUACUGGACAUGAAAGCAGAGAAGUGGAGACAACUUCGAAUAUGGUUGCAGAUUCUCCGCUGACUUAUAUGGCUGUGACGCAAGAAAGUAAGGCAGUGGCAGAGAGAUUUAGUAUUUCAGAACUCUAUGCAGAACUGAUGAAGACAAAUGUAGUUGAUAAUCCUUCAAAACCAGAUACACAAGACUUUCAAACCAUUGAUGACCAAGCCAACAGUGCUGAUAUUCAAACCAAGCCUCUGAAAGAUAUGCAGAAUAUUCAAAAUGUUACCGUGAAGAGACUGCGUGAAAUACAGUUCAGCCCAAUUACGUUCAAGCGAAGAACUCUUUCAGCAAGUAAUGUAAAUGUAACAGAGCAAAUUAUCUUCUCAAGAACUGUAAGUAAGAGAGCUGAAGAAAUCCCCACGGUGCCUGAUAAACAAAAGCUAACAGAGUAUAUGGAGCUACCUGAGAGUUACCACAUUGGUUUGACUGCAAAAGAGGAUGCAGAUAUUUCUGUGGAGCAAGCUGCAUCACCUGUUGAUGGUCAGGAAGCCACUAGCUUACCACAGUCCCGUUCAUCUACACUACCAGCUGAAAGCAUACGCACAGAAACAAAUGCCAAGGAAGAAUGCUCUAGAGAGAAGGUACCAGGGAGAAGAAAACUACAUUACUAUUAUGAUGUUAAAGAGGAAAUUGGAAGAGGAUCAUCUAGCUUUGUGAAGCGUGUUGUGAAUAAAGAGAAUGGAAUACAGUGUGCAGCUAAGUUUGUUACACUCAGAAGAGGCAACCAGGCUUAUGAAGAGCGUGAAAUUUUAUCCAAACUUAAUCAUACAAGGAUUGCCUGCCUACUUGAUGUUUUUGAAACCAAAAGAACACUUGUGUUAGUGCUGGAAAUGUGCUCAAAUGAAGGAUUGCUGGAUCACCUGUUCAAAAAGAACAUUGUUGCAGAAGCUGAGGUUAGAAACUACAUCCAGCAGAUUUUGGAAGGGCUCCAUUAUCUCCAUGACAACAACAUACUUCAUCUUGACAUAAAAGUCGAUUGGAGUGAUCACAUUUUUGUGUUUGACAGGUAGCUGUCCAUUUUCUGGUGAAAAUGACAGAAUUACACUGUUAAAUGUGAAAGAUGGAUCCUUCUCAUGGAAUUCACAUGAUUUGGAAUGUACAACAGAAGAUGCUCGAAGCUUCGUAAG